AUGGUUGCCAGAAUCACUGUUCGGUACCAGACGACGUCCUUCAGGCUAGUCCUGGGACUGGUUGCCUUUGUCAUUGUUUCUCUAAUGUAUCUUCAAGAUGACGACAUGCUACUGCCGAAGCAGUUUGUCCAAGUCACGACUCGCCCUACUACCUCGUCGUACAACUGGGCCAAGCAUCCCCAGAAAUACCUCACGCGCGAGGGCAACAUGGCGCGGCUGCCGACCGGAAAACCUUUGGCUUUGCCCAAGGUUCAACACGACUUUGAAGCUGAGCGGUCCAGGGACCUCAAGAGGGCAAGACAUCUGUCUGUCUUCUCGUCACCACAGAACUUUGAGCGCCAGCAGGCCAUCAAGAACGCCUUCAAGAAGACCUGGACCAGCUACAAGCGCCAUGCAUGGGGCUACGACGAGUUGAAGCCCAUCUCGUUGGAUGGCGUGGACAAGUUCAACGGCUGGGGUGCCACCAUCGUCGACUCACUCGACACUUUGUGGAUGAUGGGCAUGUACGACGAGUUCAACGAUGCUGUUGCAUUUGUCGCCUCCCUCGACUGGAACAACUCUACCCAGCUGCACUGCAACCUCUUCGAGACGAACAUUCGGUAUCUUGGAGGCCUCGUUGCAGCGUUUGACCUCAGCCAGGAGAGGGUGCUCCUCGAAAAGGCUAUCGAGCUCGGCGAUAUGCUGUACGCCGCUUUCGACACCCCGGAUCGCUUUCCCCCAUUCAUCUUCAGCUUUGUGAACCUUCGCGCUGGUCAGAUAAUACCAGACGCCUACCAGAGCGCCGCUGCCAUUGGCAGUUUGUCUCUGGAGUUCACCCCCCUCCGCGCAGCUGACCAACGACAACAACUGGCGCGCGGCUGCGCCUGGGCCUACGCCUCCACCGACAGCGGCGUCAUGCCGGAAAAGUCGCAGAUGCUGCGUUGCCCGAGCCUCGAACCCUGUGCCUGGGACGAGGCGCGCUGGCUCUCGCUCAGCGACACGGCCACCCUCACGGCCAUGGUCACUGGCGACGACGAUACCGCGACCAAGAGGCCGGCACCACGGGGCCACUGGCGCGUCGACGACCCGCGGUACCUCUUGCGUCCCGAGGCCGUCGAGAGCCUGUUUGUGCUGUACCGGGUCACGGGCGAGGCGGAGCUGCAGGACAUGGCGUGGGACAUGUGGCAGGCGAUCGAGAAGGCGACGGCAACGGACGGGGCGUUUGCGGCGGUCAGGGACGUGACGGCCGAGACGCCGGAGCAGGCGGACGAGAUGGAGAGUUUCUUCCUCGCCGAGACGCUCAAGUAUUUCUACCUCCUCUUUUCGGAUCCCAAUUUUAUGAGUCUGGAUGACUGGGUGUUCAACACGGAGGCGCAUCCUUUCAAGAGGCCGGGGACGGCGUGGGUCUGA